GCCGUGUCCGUCGUUUGCAGAAGCUACUCAGAAGAAGGAAGUAAGGAAUGGGGAGCGGGAAGGAGGCUACUCAGAAUGAACAGCAACGAAAACGAAAGCGAAAAGAAAAAGGAAAAGUAAAAGGAGUAAAGAGCAAGAAGAACUCAGCAUCAGAAUCAGCGUCAGCAUCGGAGCAGCUGCGAUUCUUUGUGGAUGAGUUUCAGUCGGCGAAGGGUGUAAAGCUUUCUUCUCUGGAGCUGGAUUCCCUCAAAGACUCUUCCAUUUUGACCCUACCUCAUUCCUCUGUUUCCGAUUCCGAUUCCGAUGUCAAAAUCUUGGGGAAUAAUAUAAAAGCAGCUUUCGGAGCAUCAUGGAAACAGGUCCUUUGUGAACCUGGCCUUGUCCCCGGCGAGGUCCUUCCCGGAAGCCCUGCAAUCCUUAUCGUAGCUUCAUCUGCUUUAAGAUCCGUUCAUCUUUUAAGGGGUUUCCGCUCUUUCACAAAAGAAUGCCAUGCUGCAAAGUUGUUCUCAAAGCACAUGAAACUAGAAGAACAGGUUUCAGUGUUGAAUAACCGUGUUAACAUUGCUAGUGGCACACCAAGCAGGAUAAAGAAGCUCAUUGACACUGAGGCGUUAAGCCUUUCGCGGCUACAAGUGCUUCUUCUCGAUAUACAUCCAGAUGUAAAAGGCUACUCUCUGUUUACUCUUCCACAAGUCAGAGAUGAAUUCUGGGACUUAUUCAAGAACUAUUUUUAUCAGGGGAUGAUCCAGGGACAUCUGCGUAUCUGUCUCUAUGGUCCACUCCAGUCGGCUGUCCGCUUAAAAGGAAAACAAGCACAACCUCUUCCCGAUGAAUAACAUAUCAUCCCUCUCUCCUUGUUUUUUAUUUUUUUUCCUAAGUAUCUUGGUGAAAUUCCUAUAUCUCUAAAUGACUUUCAUGGGGUUUGAUUAGAUGACAGUCUACUGUUACUUUAUUUUUUACACUUUAAAAUGAAAUUCAAGUUACAUAUC